AUGUCGGCCUUUCGGCGACGUACAACAGCACCUGGACAUGCUCGUGCACCCCCAGAGGGUGUUAAAGCUGCACCUUACGAUGCUCCAGUACCACUGCUAUCAACGGGCAUAGCGGCGCUCGAUGAUAUUAUGUGCGGUGGUGGUGUUUUGGCAGGCUCUGUCCUUGGAUUCGUGCCAUGUGCUGGCACAGCAAAUGAGCCGGCUGCGAUGCUAGGUGCACCGAUGCUAGGUGGUGAUUUGUCUGCUACGUAUAAUGAUGCAACGUACUCCGCUGCAGAAGCGUACACAGACCUCUUCCUAGGCUAUUUUACAGCUCAGGGUCUGGCGUCGCAUCACAUGAAUGUGGUGAUUGGUGACUCUGCAGACGUCUUCGUGCACCAGCUGAUGGGUCUAGCUGAAAGUACGGAGGCGAAUGAAAAUGAUCACGAAGUGGCCGGAGACAUGCAGCAAAUGAAGAUUGCGUGGCGGUAUGGUGGGCAGCGACCCAUGGCCCCCCACCGCACAUUGCCUUCUUCGACCCUUAGCAGCGUAUUUGAUCUCAGCAAGCGUAUUGCACCUGAAACUAUUCGCCGUGCCAAGGAGUCUCAGCAACUCAAGGCUGUGUCGCUUGAUACGGACUGUGCAUUUGAGGUGGCAUGGCGCGCCAUCGAAGAAGCGGCCGAAAGGUGUCGGGCGUCGUCGCAGGCACAAACACCAGUACUUCGAAUCUGCCUGCGCUCGUUUGGAUCACCGGCAUGGAUGGACACGGCGCAUACUGCAGAUGCAGUGCGCUUUCUCCUGCGUCUCCGCUCUCUCAUCCGCACUUUGGCUAUGCCACCUUCAGGCUCAUCUAUACCCCCUAUACCAACGAUUGUGAGCCUUUCGCUUUCGUCAUACACAUACAUGCAGCGCAAGGAUGCCCGGAAUGGUGUGAAUGCAGCGCACAGGCUUAUUCAUUUGAUGGAUGGUUGUAUUGGCUUGUCAUCGUUUGCAGCUACGCCAGGCCUCAGUGACGUGUUUCCUGACUUUGUAGGUGCGCUUCGUGUGUAUCGAACACCCGCCAUUGGCACACUCACGAAUCCAUCUCUUCGUGCGUCUGUGUUGCGUGGUAUGGGUGCAGGCUCCUCCCUCGAAUCUGGGGCGAGUGAGGGCGGCGCGGGCGGCGGAGAAAAUAAUCUGGCUUUCAAGAUCAAACGCAAGCGCGUGGCUAUCGAAACGCUCCAUCUUGAUACGGAUGGCGGCGUUAAGGAGCGUCGCACGGUACCUCCUGAGCCUGAGGUGCCGCCUCCUCGAUCCGAAGCACCACGUCCUGAUCCGACGCCAUCAUCGCCACCCAAGGCCUCGUCGCCAGCGCCACCGGUUCCGCGCCUGUUUGCCGGUCUCGGCGAUCUUCGGCAACGUGGCUUGAAGAUGGCCCAGAACAAGAAUGCCUCCAUAGACCGGCAGAACCUGGACUUUUGA